GUAAACAAGCUUUAUAGCUUUUCUUCUUCUUCAUCUUCCUCCAAUUUUGCAGAAAUCCGACAAAAAAAAUUGUAAUUUUCCGUCCAUCAUUCUUCUUCAAUAUAUUGGGUAUCUGCAAAAAAAGAAUCUGCUGGAAGUAUGCGUGUAAGACCUUUACACAUGGGUAUAUCAAGGCAGAUGAAAAGUUAUGUAACUGAAGCUUAAACUAGAGGCAUCUAUAUUUUUGGGAAAAUCACAAAACAAGUGCUGGUUGCCCUGUCUUGCGUCUAGCAGUGGCGGAGUGUGGAGGCACUCUUCAGAAUGGAUUUCAGGAUUCUAUGCGAGUUUAAUUUCAGGGAGACUCAGAAUUCUUUCAAAAAGAUGUCGUUAACUGCCAGUACCAUCAUGAGUGUAACUACUUUGCCAAUAGUGAGAGCAGGGGAUCAAUGCCGGAAGCAAUUCAAGCCAAUAGUAUCAGUUCCAGCUGGCCUCCAUCCGGUUGGCAUGCAGUUACAACUCAAUAACAACAGAAAAAGCUUGAGAUGUUCUGUUCAAGAAAGGCGUGCUUCAAUAAUAUGUGCUGCUGCUCUGAACGCGAGAUGUGCUGAAGGCCAGACACAGACAGUUACACGAGAAUCAUCAACCAUUACAGUUGCACCAGUUCAAGGAAAGGAGAAAUCUCCUGACCUGGAUGAUGGUGGGACUGGAUUUCCCCCUCGUGAUGAUGAUGGAGGCGGAGGCCAUUGGAAAGGUGGGUUCUUCUUUUUCGGAUUUCUUGCUUUCUUAGGCUUGUUAAAGGACCAGGAAGAGGAAGGACCCUACCGGGACCAACGAAGAAGAUGAAGAAAACCAGAAUACAGAUACAUAGAAAUCAAAACAAAAUUGGAAGUUCAGGAUUUGUAACUGGUCUACCAUCGUUAUUCUCCAGGCAUGGCUUCGAGCAACCUCUAGUAGGACGAUAAUCUUCAACUAGCUCAUUAUGUAUCACAAGAAAAUAAUGUUGUGAACUUAGAAAUGGUUUUCUGGUACAAUUAAAGAAAAGAAUGUAAUUGCAGAAGUAUCAACUGUCAAGUGGAUUGUAUAGUUUUUGAAAAAGAAAAAUAAAUUUGGAUACAAAGUAAUUUUGUUUAA